ACGAGCCUUGUUUGGUUUGCAGAGAGCGAAGUCUACAACACAUUGUAAUACAAGGAAAGUGGAUUGACUUCCAGCCGACUGGAUCUUUCGCCGGUAGUCCCUUGGGAUUCGACUCUCCGACUGAAACCGGGCGAUCGGCGAUUUUAAUAAUUUUUAAAGAGAACAAUACCUCAUACGCAAUGACCAAAGAACGGGGGCAGUGGAGCGAGUUGCAAUGAUUAAUUUAAAUCAUGUUAUGUCAUCGAGAUCUAUCGAUUAUUAUCGUGAAAUUUGAUUAUAGUAACACACCACUGUGGAGAGAAUAGCAGCAUAACACGCGAGGUAUACGAGAUAGAAGGCCGACGUGAAAGCGGACACUAAGUCGUGAGAAGCAGCGAGCAUCCUUUUAGAAGAUUAGUUGUUUUGUCUGCUCAAUAAACCUCAACGAUUUGCAGGAAGGAAGAACGUUUUCGCCGCGAGUGGUGAGUUUGCAUAUCAUUGAAGUGUCAAUUAACAUUGGUUUUCAGCGCACGGAGUGGAAGUGGGAUCCUACGACCUUCAUAUCUGACUCGGAAGAAAAAAAAUAAUUGCUAGAGGACCUCAGUAUGGAGUGAACUACUUGGGUUUCGUGUGUCGGUUCAAAUCACAAGCACCCCUCUCGAGUAUAAACACAAAACAUGCCGCGAACAACAAGAUAGAGCGGGCUACUGUCUGUCGACUGACGGUGAAACACGACAAUUUUCUGGGAUAUGAUCAGCCUGUUCUCUUGUCGCCCACUGAGAUCACGAACGAAUGGUGAUGGGGCGGACCGAGACUACCAGCGAGUGGAUUUCACCAUUCACACGCCAACUUACUCCGUGAAAUACCUUGGCUCACAGAAGUUGUGUAGCCCGGGUUAUGCGGAAAUUUGUAACACGGUCAAAACUAUUUACGUUGCGGAGAAACCGAAAUUGAAAAAAGUUGAUCAUUAUUCGUUGAAGCUAACAAAAGAAGAGCUUUCCUUACGCGAUAGGGAUAGCACCGAGGAUGAAGAGAAGUUGUUUCUUCUUCGAAGAAUACGAUUCACUGGCGUCUGCAAGGCUCACCAGCGGGUUUUUUUCUUCACGUAUCAGUUUGGAUCGAAGUCAGAAUCCGUAGAAUGUAAUGUCGUAUUGUGCAAGAGCAACAACGAAGCGAAAAGCUUAGCGAAGGUUAUAUCAAAGGCUUUUGCGGACGCGCGGAGUGAUUUGCACCAUCAGGAGGUGGCGAGUAGAAAGCUUCAUGCAGAAGGGUUAAGCGAAACUAGUAUGUCACAUCUUCAUGUCGAUGUGAUCUCAAACGUCGAAGCUAACAGACAGUACUAUAACAUGGGUGCGUUCAAGAAUUCUCGGAGCAACUCUGCCGCCAGUGCGAUUUCGGAUUUUCGUUCUAAGAGUCGGACCUCCGACAGACAUAAACAGAGCAAUCAAUCUUGCCAUUUGGGAGCGAGUAUUGAGUGGGAAAGGACGGAGAGUUCGCUAGAUACGAGAACAACCGAUGUAGAGAAGACUUCAACGAGUGGUGAGACAUUCGGAUGUAUUUGUGAGAAGGAGUCCCUUCUUAAAGUUGAUCUGCCGGAGCAAACGGCAGUGGAUAGUAAAGAAGACACCGAAGAGACAAACGGUGAAGUUUUUCUCGAGAACGAGCCAGUUUCUGACUUGGACCUACAGCUUAUUUCACAGAGCAGUUCGACUCUUGCAGAAGAGAAUGACGUCGAUGACGCGACCGAGCGAGACGGUAGUGGGGGAAGCGACUGGUCUAUGGUCCCCGUUCUUCAGGAGACCUCGAUCUAAAACGACUUAGUUUAGUCUUGGAUAAUUUCUAAUGAAUAGCGAUGUCAAAACAGUCUUCUGGCGGUUAGUUUGAAUAAUGCUCGUCGGAAGGCGCCAAGUGGUAAUUUUGGCAAGAUAAGCGCUUGCAAUGAGAUAAACAACAUCGAUUGUAUACAAUCGUCACGUAGCUUGACGCGAAAGUUUGCGAAUGGAACCCAAAAAUCGAAUUAUUACCAGAAGGUUUGAGCAGUUGGCUGCAUGUUUGGUGGUACUUACGAUCGAAAAGACUAGCGUAGAGAAUGUCAAACCACAUAUUACUUUAUUAUGCCCUUAAGUUCGCCUCUUAACGCCGCGAACAAUGGAGUACAAAACAGAUUACAGAUAUGCAAACAUUGGUGUGUUAAUCUGUCAUGCCUGAACGAAUGCUAGACGAAAUGCUUCAGCUUUUUUGCGGGUGAUCGUGAAUUGUGUUUGCGAAUCUCCGCGUGCGGAGUGAGUCAGUUUCAAUUUUGUCAAGAGCACUUUAUCAUGGAGAGAGUCAUUAGUCGAAUUUCGCGAACGAACUGUGCGGCGAAAACAUUGAAUUGUUUUUCAAUCGACCGGUUCUUGUGUGCUCAAAUCAUUUAUUCAAGAGUUAUUGUCAAUAAAUGCAAAUAUGAUCGAAA